AUGAAUUGCUCUUUACAGCGGGACUGCUGCUUCGUACGAGUUUGUGGAUCUCCAGUGGAGCGGCAGAAUUACGGCGACGCGGAUGUCUGGAGACGCAGGUCAACCUCGGAAGAUGAGGUGGAUGUGCUCCUGCACGGCACUCCUGACCAGAAGCGGAAGCUGCUACGGGAGUGCCUGACGGGGGAGAGCGAGUCGUCCAGCGACGACGAGUUCCAGAAGGAGAUGGAAGCAGAGCUGACCACCACCAUGAGGACUAUGGAAGGCAAAUGGAAAUCACCAGAAAUGGGUACUUCCUCAAGUACUGGGCAGACUGGAUCUGCCACCACUUCGAAAUACUAUGAUGACAUUUACUUCGAUUCUGAUUCAGAGGAUGAAGAUAAAACAGCUACACAGGAUGUCCGGAAAAACAGAAAACAUCAGCAGCGUCGUAUUCCUUCCAAUGAUGAACUGCUGUAUGACCCGGAAGAAGACAGGCGAGACCAAGAGUGGGUAGACUCACAGAGGAGGGGGUACCGUAAUCAAAGAAGAGUGCCGCUGCAGCAGCCGGCGGCAAAACCUUCAGCUGUUCCCAACAGCGAUGCUGUUUUGAAUUGCCCUGCUUGCAUGACAACGCUGUGCCUGGACUGUCAGAGACAUGAAUCUUACAAAACACAAUACAGAGCGAUGUUUGUGAUGAACUGCUUUGUUGACAAAGAGGAAAUUCUGAAAUACAGAAAGAAGUUGAAGAAAAGAAAUAAGAAAAUGAAACACAGCAAAGAAGCUACCUCUGUACAAUCAAAUGAAGAAGAGGAGGAAGUGUAUCAUCCAGUGUUAUGUACUGAAUGCUCAACUGAAGUGGCAGUAAUGGACAAAGAUGAAGUUUUUCACUUCUUCAAUGUUCUAGCCAGCCACUGCUAAUGUGCAGAAGCGGGGGAGGAAAUCCUGCACUCUUUAAGACUGUAUUAAGUAUCAGAAAUGCAGGCAUGUUAGACUGUUUUAAAUAUGGUCUUUAAAAAGUACAUUUUCAUCAGAGAGCUUUAUAAUGUUUGGAUUUUUGCAAAGUUCACGAAAGGAAUACAGUUAACUGCGUGCAUUUGAGAGCAAUAUUCUUUCACACUGUCAGGUGGUUGCAUCAUUGAGGAUUUAAAAUUUUGUAAAUAUAAUGUAAGAUCUGUGUAUUAUGAUCAUUCCCUGUAUAGAUACUAUCCAUUAUCUCAAUAUGUAUUAGAAUUACUGCUUAGAAUAAAUAGUGUGUAGUAACU